UGUCUUUUGCUGGUAAAAAGACAUAAAAUUUAACUGGAUCCAAAGCCAUACGAUCAUCGAUCAUAUGCAAAGCCCCGCAGACACAAGCGGUGUUCGAGAGGAGCCCCGGCUAAGACGCAGUUCGGAAGGAAGACUGCAGCGGACAACGUUCGUUCUUCAUCCACAGCUGGAGGUUAGCGGGAAGCUAACCUUCGUUCACGGUGGAUAUCUCUUCAACCUUCGUCACUUGGACAACAUUCCUCACCACAAUUCAUGAGGUGACUGCUGCAGAGGUAGCACAUAUAUACCAUACUGUGAAGCAUGGUUUAAGUUACAACUCAGCUGACUGUGCACUGAAGCUGAUUGUCCGAACAAUGAAUGACACCAGCAUUGCAAAGAAGAUGUCCUGUGGCAGGACGAAGGCUGAGGCAGUGGUCACCGAUGUCCUGUCCCCAAAUGCAAUUGAGGAGGUGAUCAAAAAAUUGAAAAAUGGUGGAAACCUUCUCCACUUCUCUCUUCACACAGAUGCCUCAAAUAAGGGAAAUUGGAAGAUGUUUCCCUUAGCUGUGCAGUUUUUCACGUCAGAGAAUGGGGUGGUGAACAAAGUAAUAGAUUUUGUUGAGAAUCCAGAUGAGUCUGCUGAGGGAAUAGUCAAAAUGAUACAAAGCUCUCUUGAAAACGUGGGUCUCUCCCUAGAUCAUGUUUCUGCAUUCAGUGCUGACAACACAAAUGUCAAUUAUGGAAUCCACAACUCUGUCUUCACAAAAUUGAGAGAUGCCAACAGUGAGAUCCUUUGUGGAAACUGCCAUGCACAUAUCAUCCAUAACACCAUGAAAAAAGCUUUAGACAAGCUCUCAGUAGAUGUGGAAAAUGUUGUCCUCAAGGUAUACAGUUUCUUUUCCACCUCUGCCAAAAGAAGAGAGUCCCUAAAAAACGUCUCUGAAUUCUGUGAGGUUGAAUUCCAUGAAAUCCUGCGCCAUGUGGUGACGAGAUGGCUGUCACUCAACCCUGCAAUCACCCGCCUGCUACAGAACUGGGUCCCACUUAAGUCAUAUCUCAUCAGCAUUGGUGAGGACUGUCCAAGGCACCUGAAAGCAUUGCUGAGGUUGACAGAAGAUGCUGAUGGAGUUGAACAAGAGGCAGACAUUGUUGAAGUGUACCUCCUCUUCUGUAAUAAUGUCAUGUCUCUGUUUGAAGAGAAGGUGAAAAUGUUGGAGAAGAAUGUGACUACAUCUGUUGACCUCUAUUCCAUCAUGGACUCUUUUCUGAGAAGAUUAAUUCAGAGAAGAGAUGAUGGGUUCUACGGGUACCUAACAAGACAGAAGCUUCAGCGCCAUCUGAUGCUGAUGUUGCCAGGCAGGAGUUUACAGCCUUCUUAAACACUGCCAUCAGUUACAUCCAGAAAUGGUUUGACUUCUCAGAGGAAAACUGGCUCUUUCUCCUGCAGCCCCUCUCUCUAACAUCUGGGAACAUCUCCUUUGAUGACAUGGAGAAGAUCACCAGAAGGCUUCGCCUGGUUGGCAGGUUAAACCUGUCUAUGGAUGAGCUUUAUGAGGAAUGUGUUACUGCAAACUGCCUACUAGAGCGCCUCACUACAGUCUCUCGGGAAAAGGCGAAGUGGCAGUCCAGUGGAACAGCAGAGAGGUGGAUGCAAGUUCUUCAGGCAGCUGACAUCCCCAACAUCCAGGCUAUUGUAUCCUUUGUCCUCAGCAUCCCUUCUUCUACUGGGUUUGUGGAAAGGAUUUACUCCCUCAUGAAAAAUAAGUGGACUGAUGUGAGGAACAAAUGUUCUACUGAAUUAAUUAGAAGUGAGCUAAUUGUCAGGCUAAAUAAUGAAAUGUCCUGCUCAGAGUUUUACUCGGUAGUCCUG